ACGUAGUUUCCUGUUUGGGCUGCCGAAUGGCGGUGCAGGAAGAAAAGAAGCAGGCGGUUUUGGUAGCUUCAUCUGCAGCACAGGGUUUAGUCUCGCUGCUCUAAACCGGGAAUUUGGGAUGUAAACGCUUUACGAGCAGAAAUUUAACCGCCCCGUAGCUUUCUCCUCCUAAGUGGCUGAAGCCUUUUUUUUCCAGCGGAGCGGUCUGCAGCCCGGCGGUAUGUACCGAGGCAGUAGGCCCCACAGAGCCCCGGCUGGCCGCGGCUUCGCUCCCCGCGGUCCUCCCUCCUUCACCCGGCCACCUUUUCGCAACGGCAUUCCCCACGGAUACCGCGGACCCCCGGAGCCGCACCGGCGCUCCCCGCCGAGGAGGAGGUACCCGUCCCCUGGAGGAAGGGGCCCGGGGGAAGAGUACCGGGGCGAAGCGCCACCCUCCCGGGACUACGGUCAUCUAUAUACUCCCUCACCCCCUCGCGGUGGGCUCCCUAGUGACCAUAGUCUUGUUAUUACUGUGGGAAAUGAAUUGACCCAGAGAGGAGGAGAGAUCCCCUAUGCCAGAGACUACUCCCCACGAAAAAGCUACGAUGACCACGAAGACCACAUCUCGAGAAGGCGGAGUCCCAGUCGUGGCAGGAGUAGGGGUCGCAGUCCAGACAGAAUGUGCAGCAAGAGUCGUCCAAGAAGCCGCACCAGAAGCCGCAGUCGCGGAAGGGCUGUUAGCCGCAGCAGGGCAGUGAGCCGAGGGCGAAGUAAGAGCAGAGCUCGCAGUAAGAGCAGAGCCCGUAGCAAAAGUCGGAGCCGAAGCAGGAGUCGGAGCCGCAGCAGGGCCCGAAGCAGGGCCCGCAGCAGAGCGAGGAGUAAGAGCCGUCCACGGAGCAGGAGCCGCAGCCGGAGCAGAGGAAGAAGCCGGGCUAGGAGUCGAGCCAGAAGCAGAGGAAGGAGCCGAAGCCACAGUGGCAGUAGCAGCAGUAGCCACAGCCGAAACAGCAGCCAUAGCAGCACUGUGAAAAAAAGUGAAGACUUCAGCGAGCUUGAGAAGGCCCGGCGUCAAAAGGAAAUGGAAAACAUGUUGUCUAUGCCCACUAAAUCUAUCCUGAAGAAAAGAAUAGACUCCUCAGAGACUGAUUCACCCCUGUUAGUACAGAACACAGAUUCUCCUCAUGGACACGCAGGUGGUGGUCUUUCACAGGAGGCAGAGCAGUUACUCAGUGCAGUGACCAAAAAUAUGGAUCCAGACGUACUCACAUCAAUGCUUUCACAAAGUUCUAACGCCAGUGCUCUUGAAGAGCUCAUUAACAGGCUUCAGCCUACCAAAGACAGUGGACAUGGCCUCCCUUAUUCUCAUGAGGGGAGCAGCCAAGAGAAUUCAGACCUCAGCCAACUUCUCAAUGUGAUGGCAGAGGCAGUAUCCAUUCCGAUUCCCAAAAAGAAAAGCUUUGUAGAUAUUGAAGAUGAGGAGAAGUUUCUUUAUGGGGAUGAUGACGAUGAGGACAGUUUUCAAGGCAAAGGCAUGGCUAAAGCCGGACAAAGUAGCUUAUUAGACGUAUAUGGGGAAACCCAAGCUGAUGUUGCACUUUAUCGUGAAACAAAGGUAGGACCGAUGCAGCCUCACAGUGUACAAAAGAGUGAAUAUGGACCUUCAUCUUAUCUCCAUGGAAAUCCUGAGGAAGAUGAUAUAUGCCAUUCUAAACGAGAGAGCAAGCACAGAGACAAGCAAUAUACUUCAAAACAGACUGAAAAGGCUCCUGAUGAGGGACUUGAACAUUUCCCACCUGGUGUUGGGCCCAAUGAUGCUAAGGUUAGGGAGGAAGUGGAGGAAUAUGAAAAGAUACAGGACCUGCUGAAGACAAUUGGGCUUGACCUGGGUGUGGCUGAGAUCAGCAAAAUGGCUGCCAGAACGCAAGAGCGUCUUCAUGGUAAAAACCCUGGAAAGAAGCCGCCUGCUCGCCGUCAGUCUGACAGAAAACACAGAAGUCAUAGCAGGAGUUACAGCAGCAGCUCUAGCAGCAGCGGCAGCAGCGGCAGUCAGAGCUGCAGUCAGAGCCGCAGCAGGAGCCGGAGCCACAGCCGAAAUAGGAGCAGCAGCCGAAGCCGUAGUCGAAGCAGCAGUCAAAGCAGCAGCCGUGAGCGCACCUCGAGUCGAAGCAGGAAAAGUUCAGUCCCUCCUGAAAAGCGAUCUUCGAGAUCUGUGAGUCAGAAUGAGAAGGAGCAUCGGCCUGCUGUCAAACCUGAGGAACGACCUUGGACUAAUGCUAGUCCUCAGACUCCUGAAGUUGUUAAUCAAGGUAGAAAUCCUUUCCCACCUCACCCUAGCCGCACAGCCCACCAGAUGCCUCCCUAUCCGCACCAACCCCCGCAUGGAGUUAUGCCACCCAACUACCACCCCCCUGGAUAUGACCCUUAUGGGAACUACAUGCAGUAUAUGCCCCAAGGAUGGCCCAUGUACCCUCCCCCAGGCAUGCCAGUUCCUCCGCCAAGUCCCAUGGAGGACUACAACUCUUCUGGUCCAGAGCGGCCCUACCUUAAAGUUAUUGAUACAGGGUCAAAUCAAGGACAAGAGACCGAUAGAAAAGGACCGAAAGUGGACCCAUUGCAAAGCAUGAGGGUUUGCAGCAGUGGCAGUCAAAGGAAGGUGUUUGAAGAAAAGAAUACAGCCAGCCAGAAACAAAAGGUCAUUGAAGAGCUUGAGAAGAUAAGAAGGGACAGAGAAUCCCGACUGAGGAAGAAAGAUAGCCUAAUAAAGGAGCUGGAGACACUGCGAAAGCAGCAAGGGGAACUCUUGAGAAAGAAGAGGAGGGAGAAAGAUGGACACAAGGAUCCCGUUCUCAUAGAACUUGGACAACUUCAAGAAGAUGUGAUGGCCCAGAUCUCUAAGUUGCGUGCCGAACAUGAAGCAGCAGAAAAGAAGCAUGAAGAACUUGUGAAGGUUGCAUCUAUCCUUGGUUUGGACCACAGAAACCUCAGAGGCUCUGGGGACCGUGAGCAGCAGUCUACCCAGAACAAGUCAAAGGAGAUCGCCAGAAGCCCAGAGAAAUCUAAGGCUGCCUUAAACACUUCCACAACAAAGGUUUCCAAGCCUUCAGCCGCAGCAGCCACUGCCCCGGCACCAGAUACGCCAGCUGAGCUCAUUGAAUACUAUGAUGCGGGAAACCACUGGUGCAAAAACUGCAACAUUACUAGUGGUUCCAUGUUUGAUUUUUUUACACACUUGCACAGCAAAAUCCAUAGGAAGACUUUAGAUCCCUACGACAGACCUUGGGCACCAAAGUCUGAGACUGAAAAGAAACGGCCCUCAGGAGAGCAAAUUUCCAAACCAGCAAAAGGCUCAGAGUUUCUGCUUCCUGUGAGAGGAUUUUUCUGCCAAUUGUGUAAACAGUUUUUUGGGGAUCCUAUUUGUGCAGAAGCCCAUGUCACAUGCCAUAAACACAACGAGGUGUACAAGAAACAAAUGUAUGAGAAUCCUCUCUACGAGCAAAGAAGAAAUCUUGAUCGCCAGGUUGGCAUGGAGAGUGAAAGGAAGGUCGAGCACAAAAGGAAGCAUGAUGAUGACGAUGACUCCAAAGAUGACAAUAAAAAGCCCAAGCUCAUCAAAGAUGAGGGGAAAAGGGAGGAACCUAAAUACAGCAAGGAAGGAGAACACAAGGCAAAGUACAACAAAGAAGAAGAGAAGGAGGAAGAAAAACAAAAAAUCAGAAAGGAGGAGCAAGAGCGGAUUAAGUAUAGGAAAGAAGAAGAGGAGAGAGAGCGGUAUGCAAGGGAAGCAGAAGAGAGGGGCAAGUAUAAAAAGGAGCAGGAGGACCGGUAUCGACAGAAGAAAGAGGAAGAAGAGAGAUAUAGGUAUAGGGACGAUAAUCGGUACAGGUACAGGGAUGAAGAUGACAUGUAUAGGUACAGAAAGGAGGAUGAGAGAUCUAGGUAUGGCAGAGAAGAUGAAAAGAAAUACAGGUAUGGUCGUGAACCUGAGGAAGACAGACGACCAAAAUACAGAGAGGAUGAAGGGGUAAAGUGGCCAAAAUCGAAAUGGGAGGACGACGAUGACGAGAACAAGUCAAGAGAUGAGAAAAAGGAUGAUAAAUGGCAACGUCAAAAAGCAAAGGCUGGGCGAUCCAAAGACAUUUUGUCCAAAGCCCCUGUAAAAGAUAGCAAGACUGAGCCUGAGAAACCCAGUGAGCUUCCUAAAGUCCUGUCUGGGCCGAGUCCAGCUAUGCUUGCAAAGCUUCGCAAAAAGAAUGAGGAGGCUGCUGGUCGUCCUGCCUUCGGAAAGUUCACCUGGAAAAAGCCUGAAAAGACAGCACUGGAGAAAGAAGCAGAAAGAAUUGCUGCACAGUUCACAAAGGAGGAUGAAGAGAGUGCUGCAGCAGCAGCACUGGAGGCCAACAAAGACUCUGAGGACCCAGAUGCAUUUGCAAAAUCUGUGGCUGUUGCCAAAAACAUUGCGAUCAAAUUGUCUAGCAAGCCUACUCUUCCCCCUUCCCAGGAGUGGGUGGCGUUUAACCAAAACAAAGUUCGGCCUACUUUACCUCCCACCCCCAAUUUUCUGAGAAAGUCCAGCAUUGGACCCCAAAACAAACCAGGCCCAACUAUGGUCAGCAAGUCACCUGGGCCUGUGACAAAAGACCAGGCUCAGAAUGAGGGUGUGAUCUCAGCUGAUCUUAUCUCUAAAGCAUUUGGAGGACAAGAGGUGGAGUUAAAAGUUUCGGGUAAUAAAAAUGUUUCUCCUACUUCAAGCUCCCCAAUAACUGCUUCAACACCAACCCCAACAACUACAUUUAUGCCCCCUCCACCAACUACUUUUAUGCCUCCUCCAGAUACUUCUAUGCCACCACCAGCAUUCACAGUGAAGAACGUUGAAGCCGUCCAGCUUAAGGCUCCUCCUCCACGUAUAAUCAGUCUUCAGUCUGAUGUAGCUGCUCCUGGUGUACCUAAGGAGGAGCAGAAUCUGACUGUACUGGUCCGUCCUCCACCCCAACUUAAGAUCAGCACCAACGAUUCAAAAUCAGACAAACCUAAAACGAGCCUUGCUGCAGCGAAAGCUAAAGAUUUAUUUGACAUUUUCUACAGUGGCAGCAGCACUAUGGUUGGCUCCAGUGUUGCAAGUGCAGGCAGUAAAAUUGUGCCUAAAUCCAACUCUAAUGCUAACACUAAACAUCAGGGGACCAUGCAGAGUCAAGCAAGUGAAAAAUCAAUAAAGAAUGAGGGCCCAGAAACUGAAGACUCAUCUGAGGUCACACAAUCAAAGUGUAAAGAAUCAUCUGCAGAUAAAGAAAUUGAAUCUCCCACAGUGGGUAAGGGUGCUUUAGAUGAGGAGCCACAAAUGGAUGAAAAGUCUCUAGGUAAGAACUCACAAGUGGAUGAAGCCUCCAUGGAUGAGGAACCACAAAGAAGUCAAAUGUCACUUGAUGAAGAACCACAGGUAGAUAAAAUCUCUUUAGGUGAAGAACCACAAGUAGAUAAAAGCUUUGUAGAUGAGAAACCAGCAGUAGAUAAAAGCUCCUUAGGUGAAGUACAACAGGUAGACAAAAGCUUUGUAGGUAAGGAACCAGCCGUAAAUAAAAGCUUUGUAGGUGAGGAACCAGCGGUAGAUAAAAUCUUUGUAGUUGAGGAAACAGUGGUAGAAAAAGUCUCUCUUUGUGAGGAAAUACAGAUGAAUCAAAGCUCUCUUGGCGAGGAACCACAGGUGGAUAAAGGGUCUCCGUGUGAGGAACCAGUGGUAGAUGAAGGCUUUCUUGGUGAGGAACCACAAGUGGAUGAAUGCUCUCCAUGUAAGGAACCACAGUUAGAUAACAGCUCUUCAUGUGAGAAACUGGUGGUCAAUAAAGGAUCUCUUGUUGAGGAAGAACCAAUGGAUAAAAGCACUCUAGGUGAGAAACCAGUGGUAGAGAAAAGCUCUCCUGCUGAGGAACCACAGUUGGAUAAAAGCCCUCCAUGUGAGGAACCAGUGGUAGAUAAAGGCUUUCUUGGUGGGGAGCCACAGUUGGAUGAAUGCUCUCCAUGUAACGAACCACAGGUAGAUAACACUUCUCCAUGUGAGGAACCAGUGGUAGAUGAAGACUCUCUUGCUAAGAAACCACAGGUAGAUACCGGCUCUCUAGGCAAGGAAUCCGAGAUAGAUAAAGGCUUACUUGCAGAGGAACCACAGAUGGACCAAAGUUCUCCAAGUAAGGAACCUGUUUUAGAUAAAGGCUCUGUUGUUGAGGAACCACAGUUGGACAAAAACUCAAAGACUUUGGAGCUCUCGCUAAAUGAAGAGAACUGUGAGAAUAUGGAAAUAAUUGCUCCCAGUAAUGAAGCCACCUCUUUGGAGUGUGAGCCUAGCUCAACAAUCUUGGAGAACAUUGAGAUUAUGGAUACAAGUGGUGGUAAACAGGAUGGGGAAACCCCUCUGGACCCUGAGGAGGCUAUGACUGUUUCAUUUUCUCCUCCACCAGGGUCUUUCACAGAGCAGCUGAAUCUGGACACUUUUGAGUUCAAUUUUGACUCUUUGUAAAGGACCUUCAGACAGUAGGUUUAGGGGUGUGCAUGAAACAUCUGAAUGUUUCGGUAACUUUGAUUUUGAAACAUUUCAUUUGCUUUGUUCGUUAAGAUAUUUCACACCUUUUCUCAACCUUUUGGCAGGUAAUGCCAGUGAAAUGGUGGACUGACAAACACUCAUUCUGAAGUGAGUGCUGGACAGGAGAUUCCACUGAAAGAAUUCUCAUCACGUAAUUAAUCAUAAAUACAUGUAAAAUGUUAAACGGUAUUUUUUAUGUACAUGGUUUUGAACUAUCUGCUUUUUCCUUGCUUUGUUUGCAGCUGAAACGGUUCCUUUUUUUUGUUACAAAAAAAAGGUAAUGUAAAACAUUUGUGUUCUUGGGUUCCAUUUGAAUUUAUGUGUAAAUCCAUUCUCUCCAUUUCAUUAGUAAAUGAAAGUAAAUGUAAGAUAUUUUAAUACAGGAGCAAGAGAGAACCAACCUCAGAAGAGAAAAAGGUAUGGAGUUCAUGCUGCAAGGACAAAGUAUCUUGAAAUAUGUUUGUUCAGCGUAAGAUAUUUUCCUGUACACAGCUCUUUCUAGAAAAGAAGCAAGAUCUACAUAUUCCUCUUUUUUUAAGACACAUUGUGAAUAUCACUGUUUGGUUUUCCUCCUUAAGAUAAAUAGAACCAGAUGUUAUCAUCCUAGAAGUGCUGUACUCUUGUCAAUUUUAUUAUUGGCAUACUGUUAAUCUGUACUUGCUGGUGUAAAAGUUGUAGUUCAAAUAAACUUCAGUCAUCUGCG